CCGGCCCCCCGGCCAUGAGCGCGGCGCUGGGUGUCCCCCCGCCGCGCCGCCUCCCCCGCCGCCCCCGGCGGCUGCCAGGCUCCAGGAAAGUAGCUUGAUGAGUGUCCAAAGUAGCAGUGGAAGUUUGGAGGGGCCGCCAUCUUGGUCCCGGCUCUCCACGUCCCCACCGAGCCUGCAGGGCUGCUCCGCGGCGGCCUCCCAGCUGCACGGCACGCCGCCCAGCAAGCCGCCCAAGGAAGGAGCAAUGGAUGAGCUUCAUAGCCUGGACCCAAGAAGACAAGAAUUGUUAGAGGCAAGAUUUACAGGAGUAGUAAGUGGCAGCACUGGGAGUACUGGAAGUUGCAGUGUUGGAGCUAAAGCCUCAACAAAUAAUGAAAGUUCGAACCACAGUUUUGGAAGCUUGGGAUCUUUAAGUGAUAAAGAAUCAGAGACUCCAGAGAAGAAACAGUCAGAACCUUCCAGAGGAAGAAAAAGAAAAGCAGAUACUCAGAGUGAAAGCAGCCAAGGAAAGAGUAUCGGGGGACGUGGCCACAAGAUUAGUGACUAUUUUGAGUACCAAGGUGGCAACGGCUCUAGUCCAGUUCGAGGUGUACCUCCUGCAAUCCGAUCUCCUCAGAAUUCACAUUCCGCCCCUUCUUCUGUUCGACAGAAUAGUCCUUCUCCUACUUCAUUAGCUUUUGGGGACCACCCUACCACGCAACCAAAGCAGUUAUCUUUUAAAAUUACUCAGACUGAUCUCACAAUGCUGAAAUUAGCUGCACUAGAAAGUAAUAAAAAUCAAGACUUGGAAAAGAAAGAAGGUCGUAUAGAUGACUUACUCAGGGCUAACUGUGAUCUUAGAAGACAAAUAGAUGAACAACAAAAGCUACUUGAAAAAUACAAGGAAAGAUUGAACAAAUGUAUUUCAAUGAGCAAGAAGCUUCUAAUUGAAAAGAGCACACAAGAAAAGCUGGCAAGCAGAGAGAAGAGCAUGCAAGACAGAUUACGCCUGGGGCAUUUUACAACAGUUCGUCAUGGUGCUUCAUUUACUGAACAGUGGACAGAUGGCUUUGCAUUUCAGAAUCUUGUAAAGCAGCAAGAAUGGGUGAAUCAACAAAGGGAAGACAUUGAAAGGCAAAGAAAGCUCCUGGCCAAGCGAAAGCCACCAACUACAAAUAAUUCUCAGGCACCAUCUGCCAAUUCUGAACCCAAGCAGAGGAAAAAUAAAGCUGUGAAUGGGGCAGAAAACGAUCCCUUUGUUAGACCCAAUUUGCCACAGCUUUUGACUCUAGCAGAGUAUCAUGAACAGGAAGAAAUUUUCAAACUUCGAUUAGGACAUCUCAAGAAGGAGGAAGCUGAAAUACAAGCAGAACUUGAACGUUUGGAAAGAGUUAGGAAUCUUCACAUCAGAGAGCUGAAAAGAAUUAAUAAUGAAGAUAAUUCACAGUUUAAAGAUCACCCCACAUUGAAUGAACGGUAUUUGUUACUCCAUUUACUUGGCCGAGGUGGCUUCAGUGAAGUAUACAAGGCUUUUGAUCUUUAUGAACAAAGAUAUGCUGCUGUGAAGAUUCACCAGCUUAACAAAAGCUGGAGGGAUGAAAAGAAAGAAAACUACCACAAACAUGCCUGCAGAGAGUAUAGAAUACACAAAGAACUGGAUCACCCCCGGAUAGUUAAAUUAUAUGACUACUUCUCCUUGGAUACAGAUACGUUUUGCACGGUGUUAGAAUACUGUGAAGGCAAUGACUUGGAUUUCUAUCUCAAGCAACAUAAAUUGAUGUCAGAGAAGGAAGCUAGGUCCAUUGUAAUGCAAAUAGUAAAUGCACUACGGUAUCUCAAUGAGAUCAAGCCCCCUAUUAUACACUAUGAUCUUAAACCAGGUAAUAUUCUUCUUGUAGAUGGAACAGCAUGUGGAGAAAUAAAAAUUACUGAUUUUGGAUUGUCCAAAAUAAUGGAUGAUGAUAGCUAUGGUGUGGAUGGAAUGGAUUUAACUUCACAAGGAGCAGGAACUUACUGGUACUUGCCUCCAGAGUGUUUUGUAGUUGGCAAAGAGCCACCAAAGAUUUCUAAUAAGGUUGAUGUAUGGUCAGUUGGAGUAAUCUUUUUCCAGUGUCUUUAUGGUCGAAAGCCAUUUGGCCACAAUCAAUCUCAGCAAGAUAUCUUACAAGAAAAUACAAUAUUAAAAGCCACAGAAGUCCAGUUCCCUGUUAAGCCUGUUGUUAGCAAUGAAGCCAAGGCCUUUAUCAGACGCUGCUUAGCAUACCGAAAAGAGGAUAGAUUUGAUGUCCAUCAACUGGCUAAUGAUCCUUACCUUCUCCCCCAUAUGAGGAGGUCAAAUUCUUCAGGAAACUUACAUAUGACUGGGCUAGCAGCAUCCCCUACACCACCUACUUCAAGCAUUAUUUCAUACUGAAAUUUCUCCAACUGAGGAAUGGCAUGAUAUCUUGGUGUAGUUUCCAAAUGCAUACUUGAGCUUGAGAACAUAUGGGUGUUUUUCUGCAGGACAAGUUUGAUAACUGUGUUUUCAGGCUGAAGUCCUCCUACAUAGUGUUGUUUGUAUGAUUGGAAUGGGUCAUGGACUGUGAAUAAAUAUACCCUUCAGAGAACAGCCUUUAAAUGUUGAAGGAUGACAUUGCCUGUUGCACACUAACAGAGUACUGGGAUUGCAUCCUUUUCACCAUCUGCCAGUGUGAAACUGAGGUGGUGGGGUUCAAGGAUUUUGCCAUGGCUGCACGCUCACAUUAAAUUUCAUUAUAUCGUGUUCUGUGUCUUGGAAGUUACAGACUGUUUUGUCUAAGGAAAAGAGAUAAGAUUGUGUUAACAAUUUUCAUGUAUCUGGAAUGUGUUGUGGUAACCUCUAGUACUUUGAAGCUUAGCAAUACGCUAGAGAACUGUUGAAGUAACCGAAAGCUGUAGAGCUACCUAAAGAAAAGGGGGGUUAUGCAUCGUACCAAUUAUGUGCACACUUGUUUUUCUUCUUGUUAGAAUCUGGGAAUAUGGGUGGCUGUGGCUGAAUACAUGACAAUUACUCCACCUUGACAGAUGCUUACUUCUGAAAUCUAAACACUUGUUUUUAAUGCAUUUUCAUAUAGAUGCACAUGAAGAAUCACUGUGUCAUCUUUCAAAUCGAAGUUGCAAGAUCUCAACGCGAGCAUAACCUGUGUACUGGAGGUAAGCAUCUUACGGUGCUGUCAGUAAAAAUUUUGUAUCCCCAUGUGGAUUUAUUCUGUCUUCACAGCACGUCCAAGUUGGUGUCUGAUGGCUGAUGUUCAGCAAUUUGUGCUUGGUAUAGAAGUACCCUUGAGACUGAAUCCAGAAGCCUGAAUUACUGCGACUUGUCGAGAAAUGCUGAUCACUUCUAGGCUUACAGCUAUGGCUCAGCAGCAGCUGGCAGAGUUCUCUCCAACGAUUUCAGCACUGGAAUACCUUCCCUGUGUGCCUUUCUAUUGAAAAGCCAGCUUGUGUGAAGCAGGGAGGAAUGUCUGGAGCAGAAGGUGGAGAAGAGUGUACUGGUUUAUGUAAUCCCUGUGACUGGAGCAGCAGUUUAUGGGGCUGCUUGAAGCUGUGAAUUUCUGACCAGAUGUGGAAGAUUGCUUCUCUCUCUCUGCUAUCCUGCCCAGUUCUCUCCUUUCAAUACUGGCUGUGCAGAAAUGCUUUCUUCAGCUGGAACUGGAGGAGUUUCCUGUUUCUGUUUUGUACAGCUGUACCCAUGUGGAAGACCCAAAUGCAGGGGAUGUAUCAAGCACUGUGCAGAAAUGUACCAGCAACUGAACUGAGGCAAAUAGUUUUAAAGCCAUCUUCUUCCAGCAAGAUCUGGUGGUAAAAGUUAUCCCCAGCGAGGAAGUACCUGGCCCGGAGUGUAAAUCCUUUUCAGGGGUGCAGAGUCAGCAUCAGUAACUGAAAGCAAAGUUACAGCCAACAGCCAUGCCAGGUGCUUCUUCUGCAGUGUAACCUUAAAAAAUGCCAUUUCGUAUGGCAUUACAAAGACCAUACUGGAAAGGAAAAGGUAACAUCUUACUUCUGCUGAGGCAAAGAAAGCCUGGGAAGAGUACAUACCUACCACUAUCAGCUGACGUUUAAAUCUCUCAAUAUCCUCCUGCUCAUCCAUAAAUUUGAAGCUUCCGCAGCAGCUUAAAAAGGGUAGGUGUGACACUGGGGCAUGGUGGUGCCAGGUCGAUGAUUGGACUAGAUGAUCUUGGUGGUAUUUUCCAGUCUUAACGAUUUUAUGAACUCCAGGUGUCACUUUAUUUUUCACUGAAGACCCUUUCUGCUUCUCAUCUGCAUCUCUGAUUUGCUUCAGGCUCCUUUUUAGCAAGUUUGAGGGUUUAGUCUCUGUUUUACAGCUGUGCUGCAAACUGCAGCAGUAUCUGCUCUUUCCUGUGAGGUGGCACAUUAAUGACUACAGCUACGUAUAUUGCAGUGGCAAUAUGUGGUAGUGUGCUUGUGCCCACCUACCAACGGAGAGCACCGCUCUCCUCGGCCUCCUGAGCGCUGCAGCCAGCACCCUGCUCUCUCUGGCUGCUCACGGGAUGAUGCUCACUGCUCCUUCCAGCCUUCCUCCCUGUGCAGUCACUGAUUGCCCAUCACCUGCCGAGCCGAAGCAACUCGAAGAGGAGAGCUGCAGCGCUUGUGAGCGCUCUGCUGGAGGGGAGGAGGGGAGCGAGAGCAUCCCACACAGCAGGAAAUGUUUCUCGUCUUGCUCCAGGAAUUCAGCACAGGCUUGUGCUUUGGAUUGCUGAACCCAAGACUUUAUUUCACUCUUUUUGAAUGGAAAUUUGAAUGCUUGUCUGUAGAGAAAGUUACGCUGAUUAAUCUGAGACGUAGGAAUUACUGUGUUUAUUAACUGGAAAGCCAUCUGGCUUUCCUGUCCUUUAACAUACCUCUUUCAGCCUCUUGCUUCCUAUAUAUAUCACAAAAAACCACCUUACUUAUUUUUAGCAAGCCUGUGCUAGCUUUUGAGAAUGAAUGGCAGUGCAAGGCACCAUCCAGAAAUGAUGUGGGCUUCCUUUGGGUGAGUAAGGAAAGAAGAAAACAGGGGUGGGAGAUGCAAUAAACAUCGAGAAUCUGAGAUGCCCUUAGGCUUUAGCCUGGAGUAUUUCCUCUGCAGCACAGGAUAUGGCAGCAGCUGCUGCCGCAGCAGGUCCUUUCUGACAGGGCCUGUUCAUAUUCGUACUGAGACAGCACCCAAGGCAGAGGCCUGCAGGCUGAAGGUGAGCACAGCAAGGACGAGACCCAAGGCUGAAGCAAUCAGUGCUGCCAGCUGGGGCGUCCUAGAGGCAGCCAGGUAAGGAUGUGCUGCCAAGGCUCCCUGAGAGCUGUGUACAGCAGUUCCCAAGAAGCAUUUCAAGAACAUCUGGCUCUGUACCUCAAGGUUCUGGCCGCUUCACCCCAAAUCCCUCAAAGCCUUCCUACUCCUUUAUGACAUGCAGUUUAAAAAUAAUCAGAAGUAUAAUGCAAUGCAGAAAGAUGUUAUUUUUAUUCUUUUUUUUUUCUUUUUUUGGCUGCUGGGAAUGAAAACGCACGAAAAAUGUGUUAGGAACAGUGCGUUCCUUUCCAUUGUUACACAAGGCAUGCCCAGAGAGCAAGCAUGGUUUUUUCCUUUCUCUGACCAGGUGUUGCUUAUAAGCUGCACAAGAAAUACAUUUCAAAUAAGAAACAUAACCCUUAAACAAAAGGUAAUUGUUUUACAAAUUCAGCCACUUCCAGUGCCCAGCAUGCUCUUUGGCAAUACAAAGGCUUCCAGUUGCUUCCUAUUUUCUUAGCAGUUGCAUUCCAGCAGGAUUUUAUCCAAACACUGUUUAUAUGUACAGGAACAUCUCCUAAUGUCUGAGGAGAGGGCUGAGCCUUUGGAAGCUGCUGCCACUGCCUGGGACCACAUUUGUUCCAUUCCCUGGUCUGUGAGAUCUCCAGCCCACCUGAGGGCACAAACUGCAUUGGGAAAUGACUUCUCAUACCUUUUCAAUUCCAGCCUUACCAUCAUGAAGGAUCAAACCUGACGGGUGCCUGCUGACUGCUACAAUCGAGCCAUGGUCUAUAGCAUUUUCAACAUUUUCUUCCAAAUUCUAAUGUUGCGUAGAUAAGUUGUGCUGUUUCUCCCUUAGCUUGAUUUUUCCAGAUCUUAAAGCCGUGCAACCAGUGCACAUCUCCAAGCCCAUACGGUGGGAGAUCUGAGGUCUUCAGUUUGUUUUUAAGGAGGACUGUUUUGAAGAUUCAGAAAAAUGUAUUUUCCGGGGAAAUCAACUUGGAGGAUAAGGCAGAGAUGGCAGCAAGGUGGGCACUGCUGACUCUUAGCUAGUGACUGAGCUGUGUGAUACAGCACACGCAUACUGCAGUGAGAAGAAAUCAAAGCUGUUUCUCUAACAGCAGGUGAGUUUGUUGAAGAUGCUUGGUUGUUUGUGGCUAACAUUCAUGUAGGAGCAGGACCUCUGGAAUUAGCUGUUUAUUUCAGGCAGUGCUGUAACAACCUCACAGCACAACAGAAGGUCCAGAGGAACCAACCCUGGGACACCAUUAUGUUCAGCACCCCUUAUCAAAUGUACAGCUCAUAGAUUUGCGUUGCUUUUUAUUAAUGACUGUUAAUGGAGAAAGGUCCUUUAAUCAAGUGAAAUCUUGAUUUAUCUGCCACCAUCUUCUUACCUUACUAAGAAGCCUGUUUCAAGUACAGGCUUUGUGGCUUGUGUUCACCUCUAAUUUUUUGUUUCUCAGUCUCUACUGGGCUUUCAUAGCUCACCUAAACUGCAAAUUCCAUGAACCAAGCAUGUAAAUUUGCAGCCACUUGCCUCUGCAAAGAGUAAACAGCUCUCAGCCAUGAGAACUGCUAUUAAAGUGGGCUGUUUUGCUGGCAGAAGUGGCUUUUUCUGUUGCCAUGGGUUGCCCAAGGUGAUCCUGACCUCUGUGGUCUCUCUGAAGUUCUAUUGUGGGUGAGCUGAGCAACAGCUUUUAGAAAGGAUUAGCUGAGCCUAACAAAUACAGGACACUGCACUAAGAAAUUAGUACAACAUUGCACAACUAAAGGAGGAGCCCUAUCUUCUUAUCCCAUAGGAUCAAAGGCUGAGAACUCGAUUAUUUGGUAGGGCUGUACUCUGCUUGCAGAGCACAAUGCAACAGCACAGUUGCAUUGGCAGUCUUAGGGGCAAAGUUCUGCCUUCGCAGGUGCACAAGUGUGCAACAGAGAGAGGUAUGUGAUUGAUGGGCAGAGAUGGGGCUGCACUCACCUGCUGGGACUCAGGAGAAGGAGCCUCACUGAGGGGGAGGUGACAAACUGGUGAACCCCUCUUAACACUUCUCAGCCAGAGCAGGUCUGUGCAUGCCUGUCCUGGCUGGAUCUGUGGCCUUUCACUGAUGAGUCUUGCUGCAAUCACUCAUGCCAAGUAUAACAUGUCACAAAAACUGUGCCUUGGUACUAAUGUGCAAUUGAAAUAAUGUGCGAAGGAUGUUCCUAAGAAUGACUAUUCAGUUUCCAGAGUGAAAUUCUUAUUUUUUUGGUUGCACACUGGCACCAUAGUACAUCUGUACACUAUCCAUAGUGGCACCUAACAAUUAAUACGGAGUUGAGGCUUCCCGAGAAGGGCACGUGUGUUCCUUGCUAAACUUGCUAAAUCCUACAGAAAUCUGAUGUCUAACAAAAUAUCUCUGCUUUAUCUUUCACAGAGCUUUAAUUCUUCAGCUGGAGUAGGUGGGCUGGGCAGAACUGAUGAAGAAUCUCCUGAGCUGGAUGCAGUUUUGUUUCACUUGGGGAGCUGUUUUAUGAGACUGUUCUUGCACCUUAAAUAAUGAAUUUUAAAAACCCCAGUGAGCAAUGGUGAGUAUUGGCUCCCCCUUAUACGGCAGCUAAAACCCAGAGUUUCUACCAUAGAUGGUGUAGGAAAAUCACAUUAAGAAUUUUUGCUUUUCUGUAGAAUGCCCAGCACAGCUCUGCCCGGACAUGUAACAAAUCCUUGGCACUGUCCUGAAGAAUGCACAGAAGGCGGCUACAAAGCCUUCAGCAGCCAUCUCCUGGCACUGCAGCAGAGACUCAAGCUGCAGAAUGCACCUCUUCUACAUGUGCGUGUGAUUACUCAAGCAGAGCUGUAGCUGUGCCCCUGCACUUGCAACAGAUAUCUCAACCACUGAACAGCACUGGCCCCAGAGCAGCUUCUUGUGGAAUAGGAUGCUUCACCUCACACUGGGAAAUUACAGCUGAACUUCUGCACCACUGAAUCGCUUCCAGUUUGGAGCCGUGUUACCUUUAGCAGAACUGCUUCUGGCUACACUGAAACACUGCCUUCUUCCAUUACUCUCAUAAUCAUCACAACGUGGAUAUAUAAAGCAGUCAAGAAAAGACCUUAAUAUAGCUAACAGAAAUGCAUGAUUUCAGCCUAAGCAUUCUAUUCUAUUUUUUGGCUACUAGAGACAUCUACGCAACUACAGAAGUCCACAGCUUGCAGUAGGAAAGCGUAAAACGUGCCAGGUAACCUGAGGUAUUACUGCAAAGAACAUCAUUCCACACUAACAGAGAAGGCAUUAGGUUAUGAUCAGCAUCCUGUUAACAAUUGCUCUACAUUGAGUAUGUGACAAAACCUGUAUUUCUACUGCUCUUGGAUUAGAGAAGGAAAGCAACUUUGUCAAGGGCUCUGACUGGGACAGUGUGUAGAGAAGUUCCAGGAAAGGCUGUAAGGCCAGUGAGGCUUUAUGAAGCUCAGGAAUAGCAGACGUUCUUUACAUACAGCAAAGAAAAGAGGGAACAUCCUUAUUACAAAGUUUAAUUCUGAUAUAUAUGAUACCGGAAUUACAAAAUAAAUCAAAAGAUACAUUCUGAGAAGCUCUGAGCCAUGUAUUUACCAAGGCAGAGGGACUUCAAAUUCCAUGCAGUUGAGAAAAUAAAUUGCUAGCAAUGUGAAAAAGGAUUUGGGGUCUCUAACAGAUCUCCAAAUAGAUAAUAGGUGAUGAGGGAACAUGCAGUGGUGGGCCAGAGGAAAGACAAAUUCUUAAGGGAAUAAAGGUAAGACUGGACAACAAGUGUUAGAUAAGGCUUCUACUUGAACUAAUUUGAAACAUUAUGAUCAGCAAUCAAAUGCAGCUACUGUUCUUAAGAGUGAUCAGGCACACUGCAUGGCCAAAAGGAGACAAGCUCCAGAUAACUGAUGACAGCUAGAAGUCAGACCAUGGUUGAAGCAUGGAUAAGUGAAAUUCCAGUAGUACAGAAGGACUGGAGUAGUGUGGAAGGAGCUGAGGCUGUCAUUGGAGUACAGCACACGUACCAGGCUACACAGAGUGUUUCAUCUGCUUUAAUCCUGAACAUCGGUUUCAAAAAAACAUGAAUCACUUGCAGGCAGACUUUGUGACUCACUGCUACAGCGGAUCUAACCACUGCUGACCCUGCCUGCAUGCUGAAGUCUGGCAUUCCUUCUUGGAUCCAUUCCUCUGGAAAAGAGCCUUUUUACUGGUUUGUACUAGAGAGCUGAGCUUAAACCAGGAAAACUUACAGCAUUAAGCAAAUAAACGUGCUAUUUUCUCACACAGGAUGAAAUUCCAGGUAUUUAUUGCUGUAUGUCUGCUUAAUCCAUUAAUUUGUCUUACAGUAGUCAUGAAGUGCCAAAUCGUGUGCUACAUGUAACAUAUCCUGUAUUCCCUUCCAAAUGCCAUUUUACAGUGGGGGUGUGAAGCAGCGUAGCAGCAGUCACAAAACAUGGCUUGAGCUUCUCUCAAGAGCUUAAAAAUAACAUUUGUAUACAAGCUGAAUACCGACAUGUUAGUUAACAGGUCACUCAGCAAUUCUAAUAGAAGUAUCUUCAGGUGGAAGUUUGCACUGUUAAAAUUUAUGACUCAGACCAAACAUCCUCAUCCCCACUGCAGUAACAAGAUACUUGCAAAGACAAGAACUAUGGUACGUAAAUGUCACACGCAAGAACUGCUUCAUUUCUAUGAGAAGCAAAAAUUGCUACGUAGAAGCAAGGAGAGGCCUAGCUAAGGCUAUCACCUUUAUUAAAAACAUACACGUCCAAGUUUGGCAGUGGAAUUCUAUUUACCACCUUGAAUGUUUCUUUAUUGUGGGUUUGGUUUUUUGUUUUUCUUUUUGGUUAAGUACAAGUACUCUUCUUCCCCUCCCACCAAGCUCACU